AUGGUGCCUUCGUCAAUACAAUGGACAAUGACUCCUUCAGUUCAUAUUUUAGUUUAUCCUAUAUCAAAAUACGUAAUAUCACCCGUCAAGAAAUCGUUCGGAACAACCGUCAAACGUCUUAUUCAAGACCGAAAAACAAAGGCCAGUCAAACUUCCAGCCUCGUUCGUCGUUGCAGAAAAUCUCGCGUCCAUCGUCUACCCGAGAACUGCAGCAACCAUCAGUACCGACGAUCGCAACAACACCGUCAUAUGCAAACGUACCCCAAAAAACGGUCUUCAUAUCAUCGGCCAAAUUACAGUAAGCCACGGUGUGAGAAGCGCUGUCGAUUCCGUGAUACUUGCAGCGGUCUGGGGUCGAUCCACUGUCAAGGAAAGCAAGUGCAGGACCAGAAUGAUGAGCAGGACGAGGACAUGGAGUCUGAGGAAGAGGAGAAAGAGGAUGAUGAGGAUGCUGAGGAAGAGGAGAAGGAAGAAGACGAGGAUGUUGAGGUAGAGGACUGUGACUACGAUGGUGAUGACGAUAACUUCGACGAUGAAGACUAUGACGAAGACGAAGAUGAAGAAGAAGAAGAAGAAGAAGAAGAAGACGACAACGAAGAUGAGUUUAAAGAUUUAGUGCUGGGACGAAAACGAAAACGGUUGGACGAUGUCAACGACAGCGGUGGCAGUGUGGCACGAGUUGUGCCGACUAUCGAUGACGCCAUUACGUGUUGGGGACCACAGCCAUUAAUUAGUGAUAAAAUAAAUCGCGUCACGCGAUGUUCCGCCAACGUCGUAUUGCUGGCUCAUGGCAACCGUUCGCUAUAUGUGCUCACAAUCCAACGAAACCAGGUGAUUUCGAUAGCUAGCAAAUUAUUCACUUGUUACAGGAGUCAUCGAUCGUCGUCUACUACCAUGAUCAGUUAUAAGCUACCAGGUGGACAAUUUAUUUUAACAGAGGAUGAGUCACAGAAUAACCAAAAAAAUUCUAGAAAUACAUGUACUUGUCCCGACGAUCAACAGUGGUAUUCGGCAGGAAUUAAUCAUUUUAUUACACAGUUGACGGUAUGA